UUGUCUUGCGGUUUGCGAGCAAACUUUGUGAGAUUUAUUUGUGGCGGGGUCUGCCGAUGACAAUCUUCUGAAAUUUCAAUUGUCGUAUUUUGAGACACAACAGUGCUCAUAAACAAGCCUUCUAUUAUUUUUAUGCUCGAAAAAGAAACGGCAGUUCAGAAAUUAGUCUUUCGAGUCGUAUAUCUGUUCUCUAGUCAACAGUUUCAACAUAAGCGGGACAAUAUUAGGAGAGGUAUUUUGCUGACUAGGUUCUCCGUAUAGUUGACGCGGCUGAAAUGCGGGCGCGUGACGGGCGCUCGGUGUCUGCGGUGCACCGGAGCUCCUUCCUCCUGUUGACGCUGCUGCUCAUACUGUGGCUGACCUGCGUUCAGGGUACCUGGGGACCCGGGGUUUACCAAUACCAGACCGGGACAACACUUCACAAAGAUCAGUCCAAGAGGAACUGGUGUCCGCAGACAGUGACUAAAACAGUGGCCUGUCAGGUGCAGAAUGGCACCAUUCUCCAGAGGGUCUAUCAGACCUGCAGGUGGCCUCAGGGUUGCAAUGGAGGAAGCUAUCGCACUGUGGUCCGGCCAUCCUAUAAAGUUGUGUAUCGCACCAUCACCUCUCUGGAGUGGAAAUGUUGUCCUGGAUACAGCGGAUCUCAGUGUGAAGAAGGAUCAUCGAGUAACCUGGUUGCCCAGGAGGCUGUAAGAAAACAGGCUGCACUUCUGAAAGCUGCUUCUAAAACAGGAGAACAUAUCUCAAACUGUCUGAAUUGCAGUCGUAUCACAGCCCUCACAGAUCGUGUUAGCUCUCUGGAGGCCAAGGUUCAGCUUCUUACCACCCCUGCCUCCACCUCUCUUCGACAGAUGCCAUUAAAAAAUGAACCUGACUCCUCCUUCCUGAUGGGGGCACCACCAGCCAAAGGUUCUCCUGGGGCCCAGGGUCCCGCAGGUCCACAGGGCGAGAGAGGCCAGGAUGGCUUACCUGGUAAAGAGGGUAAAGCAGGGUCUCGAGGUCUACCAGGCACCAAAGGUGAUGCGGGCAGCAGAGGUCCAACUGGGGCUCCAGGGUCUAAAGGAACAUCUGGUCUUCCAGGUCCGCAGGGACCAUCGGGCCUCCCAGGAGAGAGGGGCCUCCCUGGGCCACCCGGCCCUCCUGGGCCCCCCGGACCACCAGCCCCUGUUCCUGAACAAGAUGGCCUGGAAAAAGACAGUCUGCUUUAUAAUAACUUCCCCAACCUCCGAAUGACCCCUUCACAUGGACCACCAGGUCCACCUGGACCCACCGGUCCUCCAGGACCAAUGGGACCUAGUGGACCACCAGGCCCUAUGGGGCAAACUGGAAUGCCGGGACCUCCUGGUUUGCAAGGCCCUGUGGGUCCAAAGGGCGAACGAGGCGAAAGAGGACCUCUUGGAUAUCCAGGAGAGAGAGGGUUCAAAGGAGAGCCGGGAGUGCCGGGAACCAAAGGAGAGCCAGGGGAGAAAGGUCUUCCGGACUUUAAUUUGAAGAAGUUCCAAGACUUGCAAGCUGACUUAGAGCUGCUGGCUCGCAGGGUGCAGCUGCUGGAGGCGAUCAUCUGGCCAGAACCAGAUCUAGGAUCAGGAGAUGGCUUCUUUGGCACACCGUCUCCAGAUGCCUACCGGAUUAAGAGGGCUAGAAUGUCAUCUUUCCGAGUCAAUUCUCCCUUAAUCACUGCUGAGACCAAGGUUCGAGGGAAGUAGUCUGCAUAUUCCAAAGAGCGAAGCUCUUCAUCAUCCAUAAAUCAGCUUCACUGGCAACAACUACACAAGUCUCCUGAGACACACACAUUCUACAGAUCCAACCGCUUUGGAAUAUUCUGGUUAAUCAAGAAGGGGGAGACACCUCAGGGAAGACCAACUAGUGCUGUAUAAAUGAACCACCUCUAAUGGGACUCACAGGUUCCUAGCACCUCUCCUCUGGCAAAUUAUUGUGGUUUGCCGACAUGUUGUGUCACGCUUGUGGCAUAACCCAAUGAAAAUAAUUAGUCUCAGAAGAAAUUUGUUAACCUGUUGUAAGAUGCUCAUUUUACAUGAAAAGGAAACAUGUUUUAAAAUAUGAUUUACAGAAACAGUAUUGGUGCUUUUGGGGAAGAAGGAUGCAAAAUGUGAUGAAGAUAAAGUUUUUAGAAGAGCAUCAAACCAUAUUAUUAGUCUUUCCAGCUGCUGCUCAUAGUAAAUACAGCAAAUGUACUGUAUGACAAAAAUGCACAAAAUGAUUCUGCUAUUCAGCCAAACACCACACUUUCCCCUCUGAUAAAAAAAAUGAUUUCAUAUUCCAUUCCUUGGAUUAAAUGCACUAUGUAGAUAGAGAAUCGCCUUGUUUUUUUAAAGGGAAAAGACAACUGAAGGACAUAAACAUGUAUAGACAAUUAAUUGUAACUAUUGGAAUUAGAGAAAACAAAUUGUUUCAAUGUUUUUUUUUUUUUUUUGAGCAUGAUUUUAAGUGGUUCUGACUCCAAUUUUAGG